GGAAGUUUUUGUUUCCUCACCUGUCAGUUCUGACACGGUGCGAGUGUCCAGCCUCGUCUCUUUGUUUUUCUCUGUGAAACAGGCCUUCGUUUGUCAAGAAUAGAUGAUAAUCCUGUUUGGCCAACUGACACCUAAUUGAGGACAGCAUCUAACACGGUCUUCCAUCUGCUACAGAGAAGGCCUGUGCAGGCAUGGAGCCCUUGGCAGUGGAUGAUGACAUUUGCAUCCUUAAACAUGAGACUGCCUACACCACAUCUGGCGAGAGUCCUGUAUCGGUGUGUGCCGGCGAUGAAUCCGUUGCUUCCCACUUCGCCUUGGUCACAGCCUAUGAGGACAUCAAGAAGAGGCUGAGGGAUACUGAGCGAGAGAACACCAUGCUGAGGAAGAGGGUUAAGCAGCUGGAGGAUAAGCUCUUCCGGCCAGAGGCUCCUCCAUCAGAGGGACCCCAGUAUGUGAACAAGGCCUUCAGUGCUUACCGAGGUAUCUAUAUAGAGAAGGAGGACCUUCAGAUGGAGCUUAACAAACUGAAAAGGGAUAAGAGUGAGAGUGAGAGGUUGCUGACGGAGCAGCUCCAGGCCAAAGAGUUGGAGCUGCUUCAGCUGAGGACAGAGAUGGAGACCAGCCAAGUGAUGAAGAGCCUGAACAGCCCUCAGGACUACUGGCAGGUGGACAGGCUCGGCACUGAGCUAAAGAUCCACAAACUGCAGGAGGAGCUGGAGAGAGUGACACUGGAAAACAGUAGACUGCUGGAGAGAAGUGGGGAGGAACCCCAUGGCCUUAAUGGACCAGACUUGGACCAGACCUGUGACACAAAGUAUAAUGUAAGGGAGAGGAGCAUGCAGCACACGUACGAGGCUUUGUGCUGCGAAGUCACUCGUCUCCAUUCAGAGUUGAAGCACCAAACAGGCCUGAUUAGGAAACUCAGGCCACUAAUCAGUGAGACAAGACAAGCUGCCUCAACACUUCCAAUCCAGUGUCUUGACGACGUGGAAAAGAACAACCACCACGCAGUUCUUCGGGCAUCAGUGCCUCGCCCCCCUAGCGCCCCCCCACUCCCCUCGUGUUCCGGCCGCCCCUGUCCCCCUAUCGGCGGGCCGUCAGGCACCUUGCUGCCAGACAGUCUGAGGGAGGACUGCUGGUACAACGGGCCCUGGCCCUCCCCGAGCUGCUCAGGAGAGGGCCUGGUUGGAAGUGACACCUGCUCCGUUGUCCUGCCCCCGCCUCCCCUGAACCAAGCCUCCCUAGAUGACAGCUCGCGGUCCUUCCCCAGCCCCCCAAAACCCAGUGAUGCCAUGUUCUGGGAAGGACACUCCAACGUUGCAUCCAACUCCUCAUCCUCAAUUGGAAACUGCAGUCCCAGGAGUCCUCCCAAUGCCGAGUGGGCCAAACCCUACUGAGAGGAACUUCAAUGGGAAAAUAGAUGAUAGUUUAUGUAGUUUAUGAUUGGAUGAAAAAUGGACGAAUGAAUGGACUCUCCAACCCUGCCACAUAGCUACCACCUAACCUGCCUUAAGUUGAUAAGACCACUCCUCUGGGCUGGACUGGACCUGCUACUUGUGGGAACUAAUUGAGGCCAGAGGAGGCCUUUCGAGGUAAAGACUCUGUAAACUCUGCACACCGCAUCGGUGAACAUAUGUGACUGCAGAGGAAUAAUUGAUGAGAGACCCUCAGCAGAAUAAAUAGUUUGUCCAUGUGUAUGUGUCCUUGUAUGCACAUGCAUAAGUGUGCGCAAGCAUGCAUACAAGCAGUUUUAUUUCUGUGUGCAUAUACACACAUAAAACAGUGUGCCUGUGUAUGCAGAUCAGUGUGUGGGCAUCUUUCGCCUGCCUGUAUCUGUAUCUCAUCAUAAUAAACAUAAUUGUGCUCAAAAGCCCUCUUUCUCUCUUCAGUGUGGCCCAUGAUCACUGGGGCCACAGUAUAAUACUAGUUUGUAAAACUGUACUCCCUCCAAUGCAAGUCUCUUUACAUUUGAUCGCUGUAAAGUACACAAGGUAUGUAGUCCCAUGUAUGUUUCAUGAUUGUGUGAAGGAGGUGUCUUGGUAUGAGGACUUGAUGCGAUUGUUUUUGUACUGUGGUGGAGACAGACAUACAGUAACUGUAGGGUAACCGCAGAUUUAUGUUCCAAAAAAACAGCUACCAAAUCAAAUCUUUGACAUCUUUUCCUUCUUUGACAAGUUUUUAUUUAAGUCCUCGUGGAUCAAUAUCAGAGUAGGCUUUCAAUCUACCUAUGCUUACCAAAUCAUUUUUGUGCAGUUAGUGUAUUUUUGAGGAUAUUACAUAAUAAGUAGAAAAUAAUGAUUUUAAUCUUAAAAAUGUAUCGCUUUCUGAAAUAAAACACUGCAUCCUCACUGGCACCACAAAAAAAUUCAACUGUUUCAAAGAAACUUUAGCAAGCCUCCUUAAAGCUGCCUGUUAGCACAUACUCAGUUCUCUCAGAACUACUGUCACAGUAUCAGCUGUGUUCUUCUCUUUCCUCACUCAGAGAAAUGUAGAUGUAAGGCUGUUUGUUGUUGAUGUUUUUCUAUAGGACUUAAAAUUUGAAGGACUCAUGAAAUAGGCAUCACACUCUCCCCUGUAUUUGAAACCCUGAUUAAGUUGGAAAACUGAUGAGGUUUGUGGAGAUUUUGAAUUACAGAAAAUGUAUCUAAACUGUUCUGUGCUGAUGUUAAUCUAUGAAACAUUUGUUUUGCAGUAUGACAUAAGUUGUUGUGUGAAGAGGGAAGUUUCUAUUUGGUUUCUCUUAUUAAGAGUCAGAUAAGUAUAAACAACUGACAGGUGUAUAAAAGAAAACACACUGAAAAGAAAGAGAUAUAUAUAUAUAUAUAUGAGGGAGGAAUGUGCAUAUCUGUAUAAAUGUAUAUGGUGGGCUUCAUCACUCUGCCAAACGCGGUUUUGCACUCCAAACCAUAGGUUUUGUUUUUUUUCUCCCCCACAACAAGACUUCUGAUGUGUAUAUGUGCGGUGUGGCAAGACAAGAAGUCUAUUAACCUCAAGAAAUGUGAGCUGUGACUUGAAAUAUAGGUGCAGAAAGCACAAAGUCCCAUGGUUGUUAAAUAUGUUGUUUUUUCCAUUUGUUUCAUAACCGUGGUCUUAUUGUUGAUUUUUAAGAAAUGUUAUUUUACAGCAGUAGUUUCAUACUUCUGUAAACGAUUUGCAAACCAAAAUGCAAUGUACAGUAGAUAUGGAUUAUAUUUUAGAUUUACUGCACUUCAGACUGUUUGUAAAUAUGACCAAUUAAACGAAGGAAAGGAA